CGCAAGGUCACAUGACUAGUCGCAAGAGAUCAUUCAGCGGUGUGCAGAAGCUUUUUUGGGAGAGGGGCGACGUUUGUGUGCACUGGUUGAAUCUAUUUAUAGUGUGAUCAAUACUGGAAAAUUUGGGAAUACAUCGGGACGACAAGCAAAAAAGCGGGCAAACACUGAUGCGGCUCUGACAAGGAUGACUUGUGCGACGAUGACAGCCACGCUGGCCUUUCCACUUCCGAUUCGGGCUUCCCCAUGAUCAGCUUAUCUACCCAUGAAGAGGUAGCGCUCACUGACAUAUUGAUGUUCAAGAUCUCUCGGAAACCAACCUGUGUGAUAAGGGGAGAAUUGAGGAUAACGGAACUAGAGAUAGGUCCACUGGGGCAUGAUGAUAAGCAGCAUCUUCAUCCUGUGAUAUAAGCUUGUCCUCUGCGGAGGAGGCGCAGGCUGGUGGGGGCAUGGCGACGGUGGAGGGUCGUCCGGCCCAGUAUGGGGUCACGCUGCAGCAGCUGCGGGAGCUCAUGGAGACCCGUGGCCAUGAGGCCAUUCAGCGGAUCCAAGAAGAGUACGGGGGCAUCCAGGACCUCUGCAGGAAGCUCUACACCUCACCCACUGAUGGGCUGAGCGGAUCUGCGGCGGACCUGGAGCACCGGCGGGCGACAUUUGGGGCCAAUUCGAUCCCGCCCAAGUCGCCCAAGACGUUCCUGCAGCUGGUAUGGGAGGCGCUGCAGGACAUGACGCUCAUCAUCCUCCAGGUGGCCGCCUUUGUCUCCCUCGUGCUCGCCUUCAUCGAGCCCGAUGACAGCGAUGUGGGACAUGGCGGCAAGCCAAAGGAGCCCGGUGAAUCGGAUGCUGGGUGGAUAGAAGGUGUAGCUAUUCUAGUGUCUGUAGUAAUUGUGGUUCUAGUGACUGCAUUCAAUGACUACACAAAGGAGCGGCAGUUUCGUGGACUCCAAAACAGGAUAGAGCAGGAGCACAAGUUUGCUGUGAUUCGGGGUGGUGAAGUGAACCAGAUCGGCGUGACAGAAAUUGUGGUUGGCGACAUCUGCCAAGUCAAGUAUGGCGAUCUUCUGCCUGCGGAUGGAAUCAUUAUCCAGAGCAAUGACUUAAAAAUCGAUGAGAGUACACUAACGGGUGAAUCGGAUCACGUCAAAAAGGGAGAACACACAGACCCCAUGUUGUUCUCGGGCACACACGUCAUGGAAGGGAGCGGAAAAGUUUUGGUGUCUGCGGUCGGUGUCAACUCUCAAGCAGGCAUUAUCCUCACUUUGCUGGGAGCUGCCCACUCAGAGAGCAAAGAGCAGAAGAAAAAGAAGAAGAAGAAAGACGCUAAGAAGGGUCAUAGAAAGAAGAAAGGGGAACCAGCAUGCUACGUCGAAGCUGGCGAAAAGGAGUUGUCGCCACUCACCCAGCCUGACCCAAAUGUGGACGAAGAAGCGGCCAUGUCUGGGAACUCGCACUUGGGCAACAUCACUGCCAACACUCACGUGGAACCUGCCCGCGCGGAUUCCAUUGUCGCCGCCGGCUCUCCGGCCGAAGACAGCAACCCCCGCAAAGAGAAGUCUGUGCUGCAGGCCAAGCUCACCAAGCUGGCCAUCCAGAUAGGAUACGUUGGGUCAACGAUAGCAGUGUUGACGGUCCUUAUUCUGGUGGUGCGGCACCUGAUUGAGGUGUUCGUGGCGGAGGGUCGCCCCUGGAGAAGCAGUGACACGCAGCACAUUGUCAACUGCUUCAUCAUUGGCGUCACUGUUCUGGUGGUGGCCGUCCCUGAAGGUCUUCCAUUGGCUGUCACUCUCUCCCUCGCCUACUCUGUAAAGAAAAUGAUGAAAGAUAACAAUUUAGUACGUCACCUAGAUGCCUGCGAAACGAUGGGUAAUGCAACAGCAAUUUGCUCGGACAAAACCGGCACCUUGACAACCAACCGCAUGACUGUAGUGCAGAGCUACAUCUGUGGUGUUCAAUAUAAGCCAUCACCUAAAUAUGAAACUCUUCCACCUGUUGUUGCUGACAAGAUAGUGUAUGGCAUAUCGGUGAACAGUGCCUACACAUCUAGGGUUAUCCUUCCCGAGGCCGCGGGUGAACUUCCGAAGCAGGUGGGCAACAAGACAGAGUGCGCCCUGUUGGGCUUUGUGCUUGACCUUGGCAAGGACUACCAGAGUGUGCGGGAUGACAUUCCCGAGGAGAUGCUGCACAAGGUCUACACCUUCAACUCGGUCCGAAAGUCGAUGAGCACUGUCAUCCCUCUCGAUGGUGGCCGAGGAUUCCGUGUCUACACCAAAGGCGCUUCUGAAAUCGUCAUGAAGAAGUGCAACUUCAUCUUUGGAUCUGGUGGUCAAAUAGAGAACUUUAGGCAAGAAGACCAGGAUCGCCUGGUACGGACCAUCAUCGAGCCCAUGGCAUCCAAUGGGCUGCGAACCAUAUCCCUUGCCUAUAAGGACUACAUCCUGACGGGGUCAAACACCAAGGCCAAUGAGGUAGCACUCACGCAAGAGCCAGACUGGGAAGACGAAGAAAACAUUGUGAAGGACCUCACUUGCCUCUGCGUGGUUGGCAUUGAAGACCCUGUACGCCCUGAAGUCCCAGAGGCCAUUCGUAAGUGCCAGCGAGCGGGCAUCACCGUUCGCAUGGUGACUGGGGACAAUGUCAACACGGCGCGAUCUAUUGCGCUCAAGUGUGGAAUCAUCAAGCCGGGCGACGACUUUCUUGUUCUUGAGGGCAAGGAGUUCAACCGGCGAGUCCGAGAUUCUAGCGGCGAGAUCCAACAGGCACUGCUGGACAAGGUGUGGCCCCGCCUGCGGGUGCUGGCUCGUUCGUCCCCACAGGACAAGUACAACCUGGUCAAGGGCAUUAUAGAAAGCAAGGUGCAUGACAACCGAGAGGUUGUCGCUGUCACAGGCGAUGGCACCAAUGAUGGGCCUGCCCUCAAGAAAGCUGACGUGGGGUUCGCCAUGGGCAUUGCUGGCACAGAUGUGGCGAAAGAGGCCUCCGACAUCAUCCUGACCGACGACAAUUUCACCAGCAUUGUGAAGGCCGUGAUGUGGGGGCGGAAUGUCUACGACAGCAUUGCCAAGUUCCUUCAGUUUCAACUCACUGUGAACACAGUGGCUGUCAUUGUUGCCUUUACGGGUGCCUGCGCCAUUAGGGACAGCCCCCUGAAGGCGGUGCAGAUGCUGUGGGUGAAUCUAAUAAUGGACACCCUGGCGUCUCUGGCACUAGCCACAGAGAUGCCCACAUCCAAUUUGUUGCUGCGUAAGCCCUACGGUCGCACCAAGCCGCUCAUCUCGCGCACCAUGAUGAAGAACAUCCUGGGUCAUGCCAUCUACCAGCUCACCGUCAUCUUCCUGCUGCUCUUCCUCGGCCCAGAGAUUUUCGACAUCGACCCUGGUAUGGGAGUGCGCCUCUCGGAGCACUUCACCAUCAUCUUCAACACGUUUGUCAUGAUGACCCUGUUCAACGAGGUUAAUGCCCGCAAGAUCCACGGGGAACGCAAUAUUUUCGAGGGCCUCCUAACCAACCCCAUUUUCUAUAGCAUUCUGAUCAUCACUGCUGUUGCUCAGGUGAUAAUAGUGCAGUAUGGUAGCAUGUUUUUCCAAACGAAGGCCCUGUCCCUGGACCAGUGGCUGUGGUGUGUGUUCUUUGGUUGUGGCACACUGGUGUGGGGCCAGCUUGUGACCACCCUGCCGACCAAGCGCAUCCCCAAGACCUUCACCUGGGGAUCGGGAGCGCCGGAAGAAAUGAACGCCACGGCCUCGCUUGUCGAGGAUGGCAGCUCUGGCUCCCUCUCACAGGAUGUCAAGCGCACAGGACAGAUCCUCUGGAUACGAGGACUCACCAGGCUGCAGACACAGGUGAUUGGAGGAGAGUUGCAGGAUCGAUUGAUUCCAGUUCCCUACAGCAAGAGUGCAACAGAUCAAGCUGCCUAUCAUUCUGAUGUUUUGGCGAAACAAAUCCGAGUAGUGAAUGCUUUCCGCAGUAACUUAGACGCUCGCAAUAAUCCUGCCUACCAGACCGCGCUCCUACGGAAGGCGUCGGCGGCCUCCCCAUCGGGCACGGGCACCGGCUUUGUGCGGUCUCAGCUGCACUCGCAGCCGCACACGUCCACGUCGGCCGGUGCAGGCUUCACGUCGCCCAAGGAAGAGACGGCCGCCGCAGUGGCGGCACCUAGUGCCGCCGCUGCCUCGUCGCCGCCUGGCCGGGAACCUCAGCAGCCGCAGCAGCAGCAGGCAUCGUCGCCCCCAGCUGGCGCCAAGGAAGGCGACGCGACAUCCAAUCACAGUGUGGAGACUGCCGUGUGAAAGAAAGAAAAAAAAGAAAAAGAAUGGAAAACAAUGGCCGCGAGAUCGACCCUUCUUCCUCUAUGCCCGUUUGUUUUUGGACGCGCACGCUACCACGUCGAUGAUGCCGCUUUUUCUCUCUCUCUGCCCCUUCUCUGUCUCUCACUUUGUCCCGAUUCCCGUUGAUCACGUAUGGCGCUGCAGCGCCGCUUCGAGUGUAACAAUGUGUGUGCAUGUGGCGCUGACCCGUUCCUUUGACACAGCUGCCGCGCAUUCACUUUGACCGCCGGGAGAUCGAAUGCAUACAGCACGUGUUCCUUCUUCCCUGCCCCCACACCCCGUUACUUCGCGCACCUGUCGGUUCGCGCCGAACUUGGCUUCGUCGGCCACAACAUUGAUUCUGUCACAUCUACGAGAGCAGCACCCUGUCUUGUAUGUGUAUGCGUGUAUGUGUGUCAGUGUCUAGGUCAGGCUUUUUAUGCCAUUGAACGAAGGUAAUCGAGACGCGCGACGGAGACAGGGCGAAAAGUGGAGAAGACGUGGGAAAAUUUGUAGACGAGUGUCUCCGGGGGACUCGCGUCUUCUGCUUCCAUUCGCCCCAUUUCCCCCGCUACGUAGCUGUGCCCGCUGAAAAGUGCAGUUUCUCGUUUUCCUCCUCUGGCUCUUUAUUAUUACUAUUAUCUUUUUGCCCCUUUACGUAGCUCAAAGUUUGUCGUGAUCUUAUCUCGGUUCUGAACCGAUGUGCGAGUGUUUACACGGGUGGAGGCACUAGUUCAGUCACUGAGCGGUUGUUGACGGUUUGUUGGCUCACGGGGCUGAGAGUGUCGCGGUUGAGUUGGGACACAUUGCUGGUAUUUCCAUGGCACCCGAGUGGUGUCCCGUAAUCAAAGCAGAAGACGUUCGAUAUUAUCGUUUACAAACGAAAACUGACGCCGUGGAAAUGUUUGCUGUGUGUGUGCGAGCUUGAAACGGUAGCGGAAGCAUCACUGUGACCAGGUUGCCUGAGAGAUAAUGUCCGUUAAGUUUGUGCAUAUUUUAAUGCCGGGCAGGGAGAGGGACAUUAGCGAACGUGCUCGAGACAUGCUACAAAAUGUGCGAGUGAGCUCCUAUUUUGUUCUUUUUUUUUAAUGCACACUUUACUAUUUUUUUCACGUGCUUAUCUGUCUACAGUGUGUUCGUAAAGUGCUUUAAAUCGUUCUACUUUCACCCCUUGCAUCCCCCCCCCCCCCCCCCCCUAUUUCUUUCGCUUACAAAUCAAAUUGUGACAGAGGACUUGUCGUACAACAUGAUUGUUAGUUACUUCGCAGUGCUUGCUGAAUUGUAUGUUAGUCGUAUACAAAUAUAAAUACUAUACAGAUUAUAUAAAUAUAUAUAUAUAAAUAUAUGACGAGCAUUUAUUUUAGCAUUACAUUGCAAUGCCGAGAUUAAGUAGGGGAAGAGGGGGAGAAGGUGGGCGCGCAGUUUCACGCAACACAAAUACUAGUAGCAAAGUUUUUUCAGUACUCCGCCGGAGCUGGUGGUAGCAGCGAAACACAUGGUAGCGGCCCCGCAAGUUUAAACAAAACAAAACAAUGGCUCAAGCUGUCUCCGCCUGGCCUUCGUGCGAGCGGCUUUUGUUGGGCUUGCUAGAUUUGCAUGUUGACGCAGUUGUUCCUUGUUAUUGAGACACACAUGCCACCCCCCCCCCCCCCCUUUAUUUUUUGUUUUCUUCUCCUCCACCCUCUGAAUCCUUGCGAAGGUUCCGCGAUCGCCCGCCUUGACAGAGGUCGUAUUUACAGCGUCUGUCGCCAUUAACUGCACCAAUUUCUUGUCUCUCUGAUGAAGAAUGCGUGCGUGAGUGUUUGUGUAUGUGUGCGCAGAUUUACGCCUACCCCCGUGAGAGUGUAACGACGCGUACAAAGACGGAGGGGAGAAAAGAAAAAAAAAAGUAUGUUGGAACUGUGUAAAUGUUUGCGCCCAGCGUCCCGCGUCACUCUUGCCUUACAUGACCUCACGUGUCACGUGGCUGUCGUAGCCGUUGCUGCGAACAGAGACCCUGACCUCUCCGCACCUUUUCCUGUAACCGAUCCCUUUCUCGUUACCAAGUUAUCCCGAAUCCUUGAGAAAGAAUAACGCCUUCUAACUUCCUUCACCCAGUAUGGAGAGAUUCCAAUUUUCUUGGUGUUAAAAAAAAAAAAAGAAACUAAUGCAAAGUGUGAAAGGUUGCCGCAGAGAAGAAGAAAAAAAAAAAAAGUGCUUCGUGAACAUACCAACUUCCUUUCCUUUUUUUCUUUUCCUUACAUAUAUCUAUGGCAUAUACAUAUAUACAUAUAUAUAAAUAUACAUAUACGAUAUAAAUAUACAGAGAGAUAUACAUGCCUAACCUUCCUGACCUAACCUGCUCUCUAUAACAAAAAAAAAAAAGUGUCUCCUUUUGUCACUUUGAGGUAAAUCGAUUUGGUCGGCAACGCUGGCGCCAGCUCUGCACUUGUACAACGAAUACAACGUUUUUUCUUUUUUUUUUUUUUCGCGUAGAAAAGAGCCCGCGAAAAAAAAUAUUUUUUGUUAUUCUUCAGAAAAUGCGUGGUUCAGUUUCUCGUAUUUCGAAUGCUCGUUUACCUUUCUUGAUUUUCUUCCCCUUGGUGCGUUGCUUGUACUUCCGUCAGUUUUUUUUUCUGUUUAUUUCUUUUUUUUUUUUUUGCGCGUCCUGCCAAAGACAAAAGCCGAAGAAAGCGAAACUUGUGGAGUGAUCUGCUGGACGUCGCAGACAGACGAGAUCUAAAUGUCUCCCGCUGCACGGAUUGUAAAAAGGGAAGAAUUACGAUGGUCGAGGAGAAUGGCGUUUUCUGUUCUUUCACUGCGCGUUCUAUGCUAAAGCGAGAGCGUGGUGCCUCACAUGACUCACUUUCCUGAUUGAUAGUCGUUGGUUAUGAUGAUUCAGCAGAAUGACCAUCGUUUCGCGACGCAAAUGAGACUGAGUGUAGUUUCAUACUCGAUACCGCCCUGCCUCCUUAACCCUUCCUCGUGUUCCUCCUCUUUCUUUUCUUUUUUUCGCUUUCUUUUUCUUUUUUUUCCUCGAGAACGCAGUGCGUGCUUGGUCUGCGCAGUCGAAACGUAUAUGAGACAGGGACAAGGCUGCCGUCGAUUUAGCUACGCAACUGACGAAAAAUAUCAAAAUUAUCUCGUACUGCAAAUUAACAGCAGCGCCUGCGCCUUGUGUCGGAAAUGGGAAAGUUGCCUCUGCGUACUGCGUUCAUGCCUGCAAUUCCCUUUUUUUCUCUUCUUCUUCUUCUCCUUCUUCUUUGGAUGAGCGUCGUGUAGUUAUUUGUACCUUUAUUUCUGAUUUUUACGUUCGUCUAGCAAUAUUUUCGCUGCCGCUCGUGCAUGCCAUAACCCACGAAAGCUUUCAGUGACCCCCCAAAGCACUCGUUCGCUCAACUAGGACUCCCCAUUAUACAACCGUCUAGCGGCCAGUCCAAAGAUCACCGAUACAAACUACACCUUCUGGGGCGUAAUCUCGCAACAGUUCACACUUAGAGGUGUGUUGAUCGCCGCAGUUCUUGCGAACAUUUCCUUUUUUUUUUUUUUUCCUGCACCCAGCCUCUUGAGAGCCCAGUGCACGUGCGUGACGUCACGUUCCUGACGGCACGCAGCAAUUAGCGAAAGAAAAUUUCCGCAAGAGUGGUGACGAUAAUUGUCGUUCGACAAAGGUACAGCCUUCGUCAGAAGUUCUGAAGCCAAUCGCGCUAGUGACGGGAACUGUCGUCGAGCCGCGCGUUGAGAUCCCUGGAGGACCUGUCGUUCGCUACAAGAGUGCCGCAGAGAUAUGAGAAGAACGGUGCUUCACAGUCUCCUGAGCUUGGGAGCGGCAGGCGUGCUCUUUCGCACCAGGGCUCGGUGGCAGGUCCUGUUACUCGCGGAGAGGCUUUUUCACUUUCGACAAAUGCUGUGUGCCUUAGAAGGUGUUUACGCGCGCCCCGCGUCGAACCUCGUUUUGACGCGCGCUGUGUCCUCGCUCAUACGACGUCUCGCGGGCAUUCUGCUCAGCGUGUCGGUUUCAUCUAUAGGUAUACAUACAUAUAUAUAAAUCUUGCUUUCCUCAUUAGCAGGUUCAAGACGCAGAGCGCGUCCUGGCCGCUAGUACCCGCCUCUCCUUCGCGGGAGUUAGUAAUGAGAGAGCGCAGAACUCGCGUUCGUUUUCCGCUCGAGCUUAGGCUGCUGCAAAAAAUUUGAAGCAUGGCGGCUUGCGGAGUUAUACUCACAACAAGGGCAAGGCCAAUGGUCGGCAACGGGGGAGAGAUCCAGGCAAGCAACUGUGAAGGCCAGCGAAUUUUGAAAACAUCCGUGAUGCGAUUGCAAAAAGUUCGUCGACCAGAGUUUGUUGUAACAGUCUUUUCGUGCGAGUACACCCUAACCACAUUACGAUCUAAUGGUUUGGCGCGUUCUCUUCGGAAGCAGGGACGUGAUCGCAGAUUCGCUUGCGACGACACUGGCGAUCUUCAGUGGGCUUCUCUUUGUUACGCAGCUUUCGACUACGUGUGCUGCGAUCCGCUCACGCUCGGCGUCGAGUGUUCAUGCCCCUUUUCGUAUAGUGUGAACCACACUUGUCUAGAGGGAUCGAGUGGGCGGCUGCGAAAUGCGCGAGCGUCCGCAGCAGCUACCCUGCUGUAGCUGCUGGUUUCGGGAUCUGUUUUAUAGCUCAUGAACAGAGCACGUGGCAUGCUCACGUGUAGUUCUUAUUGCGGCGUCGACCUGUGCUUUUUUUUUUUUUUUUUCACGAAAGAUGGUGGCCAUGUCGGGCUGAUUGAUCACUCUAGACUAGUGUGAUUCACGCUGUACCAGGCGACAGCGAGUCGCUCUCAACGCCUUCUUUAGCGACUGAAUUAGACGAGAGAAUCGAACGCGGACGGCUAUAGCUCACGUUCAAAACCGAGUUUGCUCGCUUAGUCUGGACAUCUGUCUUCCGUCGCCUCUGUUUCCGAUAUACGAACUUGCCUGUGCGCCUCGCCCUUCCGUAUCCGUGCCCUUUGGCUGCGCUUUCGGGGUUGCACAGUUAAUACACGCUCACACACUUUCCAGCCACGGUGGUGUUGCGAAGCCGUUGGUCGGAAACGCCAGCUACGCGGCGUUUUGGACGUUUUGUUUCUCGCGUUACACCUUGUAGUGUGUUUUGUUGCAUGUGUCUGCCCUGCAAGUACCUUUCGGCCGCGCUCGCGUUCAUUUUUCGUUUCGAAGUCAUCGCUUGGCCAUUUCACGGCUUGUACCCAGUAGCGGACAUUGUGUGUUUGCACGCUUUGUUUGUCCCCCCCACCUUGUUUGUUCCGUAUUGUUUCAAAGAAGCCCGUAGAAACGCUAUCGCGCGUUGCCGACGAAGCGCAGAGACUGAAGUGCUGCUUGCGAUCUAUGGUGUAAGCGUCUGACUUGAUAGGCGAAGCUGAUAUGUGCAUAGAACGUGUCUUCGACAACGCCUAGGGCGCGCCCGCUCAUCUUGUGCGGGGUUUUCGAGUUUCAAGCGGUGGCGAGUCCCUUCGGGGUGGGACGCUUUUACGGUUAAAGAGCCAUGCCACACACAAGACACACACCGCGUAACUAUGCGUAAACGAUUACCGUUAUUAUUGCCAGUUGUUGACUGUUAUGAUCACGCAAGUUUGGUUUCUUGUUUGGCUGUCGUCUUCAUUUUCUAACCCCCCUUUUUCUUUUUUUUUUCUUUUUUUUUUCUGCGAUCUCGUUUGAGGAAUCGAGCUCUCCGUAGCUUUCCUUCACGCAGGGUUUCUGCCCGCGGGGUGGGACGGUCUAAGAUAUCACUAAAGCUAUCUCUAGCAACUGUAGGCAUCUUCGAUGGUCACGAUACCAUUCUAGGGCCCAUUUGAACUUUUUAAAUGCUACACACAGUUGUGGUGUUAGAAGCUAGAUGUAUUUCGCCUUUUAAGUGUCUGGCGUCCAUCGUGGUCAAGUUGGAAAGUCUGGGUGAAUAUUCUGUUUUUUAAUGGUAGAACUCACGACUGCAAUCAUCUGCAAAGCAAACUCGUGUCACUCCUCCUCCUCCUGUUAAACCUGUUAUUUUGUUUUUCUUUUCACAUCGCGAGAGUUCUGUACACCGAUCUGCCUGCUGCGUGCUUGUGGCGACCAUCUUGCGCGUCAACGUUCAUUUCUUCAAAAUUGUCAUAGCUUUUGCGUGCCUCUUGUUCAAACGUUGCUUUGCUUUCCUCUUUGAGCACAUCAUGAAGUGAAUGUUCUAGAAAUAAAAAAAAAAGCUGAAGUCUUGAAAAAAAUAUGUAUAACACCUAGUGAGACGUAAAAAAAUAUGUGUGUUAAUUAUACUGAAUGCAUGCCCGCACUUGUUUUCAGGGGUAAUUUAUGCAACAACUUAUCAGUGGUACGUCGCGGCAAGUGCUUUGCAUUUGAAACAUUCUGCAUCAUAAUGACCGUUCAAUGCCAUUGUAAAUGAAUCAUCAACUUCAUCUUCUGUUGCGAAAUAAAGUUACCCAGCUCU